CAUUUUGAGAUUUAAGAACGACCAGAAUCCAGAAUAGCAGUAGUAAAAAAGAAUUUUUUAUUAGAAAGACACGAUAUAAUAUCGAGACCCUAAAAAUAUGUCUCAUCAAACAGGAAUUAAAGCAAAUGAUGAGCUCAAGAAGUUUUUUGCCAGAUGCAGAGAUAGUAUUAUAAGAUUAAUCAAAAUUUCAAUAAUAGAUGAACAAUUGUCUUUAGAUGGAUAUGAAAAUGUUAAAGAAAAUUGGGAAAAAGAUUAUGAUGCAACCAUUGGACCUCUAAUUGAAGACGAUCAACCAUGUUAUAUUUUAUAUAGGUUAGACAGCAAAAAUGGUUCUAACUAUGAAUGGUUGCUUAUCAGUUGGACCCCAGACACUGCCCCAGUUCGUCAAAAGAUGCUCUAUGCCUCUACUAAGGCUACCCUUAAACAAGAAUUUGGAUCAUCACAAAUUAUAGAAGAGAUUCAUGGCACAGUCUUAAAUGAUAUCACCUUUAAUGGUUACCUUAAAUACAAGAGAUCUGCUGCCGCUCCAGCUCCCCUAUCCAUGAGAGAAGAAGAAUUAAAUGAGCUAAAGAAAACAGAAGUAAAUACAGAAAUUAGUGUAGAUACUAAACAACAAACGCUAGGUGGAGUAGCUUUUCCCAUAACUGAGGCUGCUCAACAGGCUAUCAAAGACAUGGCCAAUGGGUCUUACGAUUAUUUGCAAUUUAGGAUAGAUAUUGAGGAAGAAACUAUUCACUUGGUGACUGCCGAGAAUAUUGUAUUAGAAAAACUGCCAUCCAAAGUUCCAAAAGACAGUGGAAGAUAUCAUUUAUAUAAGUUUAAACAUACCCAUGAAGGGGAUUAUACGGAAAACUUUAUAUUUAUUUAUUCAAUGCCAGGUUAUAGUUGCCCCAUUAAAGAAAGAAUGUUGUAUUCUAGUUGUAAAAAUCCAUUGACUGACACCAUAUCAAAUUUAGGAUUAGAAAUCAGUAAAAAGGUUGAAGUCGAUUCGGGAGAUGAACUCACUGAAAAAUACUUCUACGAUGAACUCCAUCCAACCAAUAGUUUGCAUCGACCCCAGUUCGCUAGACCUAAAGGACCACCAAAUAGGGGUCCUAAGCGUAUGACGAAAAGCAAUCAGUAACUUUAAAAAUGAAAUAUCGCUUUUAACUUUAUCUUGUUCCUUAAAUUCUAGAUGUGUUGCUCAACAAUUCGACGUUUCGUUAGCUUUAUUUAAUUGAGUAUGUAUUUAUUUAUGCUCUGUAAUAAGAUUUAUUUAUUUUUUCGGAUGUGCCGGACAAUACAAUAAACGGAAAACGGGAAAUAAUUACUUUAACGUGCGAUAAUAGAUUUUGGUGCUCAAGUUUCAUGCUCUAUUUCGGUUUAAAUAUAUUUCAAUUAUUUAUUAUUUAGCCCUUUGCAAUCAAAUUGACAUUUUACCUUAAUACAAUAUAAAAAUGUUUAAAGUUAUGUCUUCCUUGUAGAUACAGAAAGGGAAAAGCGUUUGUUAUCAAUUUAAUGCUUAAUUUUACAUCUGAGUUUCUACAGUUCAAUUUUAGUGUUUUGUGCUAGUAAACUAACUAGGAUUUUUUGAAAACGGUUCCUGAAAAAACUAAUAAUUGACGUUUGAGUCACCAUUUUUAGGUAACCGCGUCACUAAUUUAACCAAAUUUUCAGGAAUGUCAAGCAGAGGGGUUAGUUUUGGACCGAGUAACUGAUAUUUGGUUAAUAUCGAACCAUGCCCGAAAAAGCACAAUUCUCAUUGCGUUCGGUCUGCCAAGUUCCUUUAACACUUUUAACUCCAAACGACCCUUUUAGCGUUCGGUUUAGUCCGAUUAGUGACAGUUUAACACGCUUAAAUGUCAUUUAAAAGCACCCUAAAAUUUGUCCCGCUCCAGCCCCUGACUAUCCGAAAUAAUGUCAGAUGUCAAAAUUGACAGUGACAAUAAACAUUUAUUGCAGAAUGCAACUUCUAGCAAUCGAAAAAAAAUAUUGAUUUGAUAAGAUUUAAGACGUUACUAUAUAGCUUAUUCUUGCAAAUCGAAUAGUAACUUUACACCUUUUAUUUAUAUAAAUUAUUUACAAGGUUGUCUAAAAUAAUAAAUAUAAUUUUUAUUUCUGUGUAUUAUUUAAAAUUAAAUAUUAUUUAGGGAUGUCUGACUGAUACAUUUGAAAUACAGAGUCUUCAACAAUAUCCUUAUCCUGUGAUCUGGUAACAAGAAAUUAACUGAAAAUUGCCUAUUUAUGGACUUUUAUUACAUUUUAAUUGCCAGUUUUAUCAAAUACGUCAGUGUGAUGGUUUUGGGAUUACUGCUAAAGUUACUAAUUUCACUUUUAGAAAACUGGUGACGAAUUUAGUCACGUGGGAUACGGAUAUUAUUGAAUACUUAAGAUUUGUCACAUAGUGAAUGUAUUUAAUAUAAUUAUAUCUUGUUUUAUAUAGAAAGUUCUUCCAAAUGUCAAAUAUUAAAAAUUUAUUGUAAAC